UGUUGGGAAACAGGAAGUUGUGCUAAUAUGGAUGUAAAGAGAAAACGAGGUGGAGUUUGUUGAUAAAAAUGAUGUUUGGUUCUUUCAGCUGUUUAGUUUUUAUCCAGUCAUCAACUCUACAUCUUUAUCUUCAUCUACUGGAUGUUUCUACCCGGAUUUAUGAGCAGAGCAGCGGUUCAGACGAUUCCAGGCCUCAGAGCGACGUGUCGCUUCCUCCCUCCUCAGGCCUGCUUUAUCUGGUUUGAACCAGUUCUAACGGACGACAGGCUGAGUUUGAGAGAAGGUCUCACCUGGUCCAACCUGUAAUGCUGCGUCGCCUGCUUUUGAUUUCAGUUCCCUUCAUUGCUGAUCCAAUCAUGAGCUUUGACAGCGCCGUCAGCAGCCUGGUGGAGACGGUCGACGCAAAAAGCAUCACUGCUGUCAACCCUGACACAGGAGAGUCCUGCUUGUUCAGCUCUGCUGGAGAUGUUUCUGAGUCUGGAGCUCUGGACCAAGAGGAGAAACCUCCGGAUCUACCUGAUCUUAAGCAGACGGUUAAAGAAGAAGUUCCUGAAGACCACAAACCUUCUCCUGACCUGCAUGACCCAGAGCCCCACCACAUAAAGGAGGAACAGGAGGAAGUCUGCACCAGUCUGGGGGGAGAGCAGCUCGGUCUCAAGGAGGAGAUUGAUGCCAUCAAGUUUCCAAUCACUGCUGCUCCAAUAAAGAGUGAGGAUGAUAAACAUUCCUCUGUGCUCCCACAGCUUUACCACCACCACAUUAAAGGCAGAGAGCUUCCAGUAGAGAACCAUGGAGGAGAAGAAUCCAUGAGGAUACAAGAUCAUGAAGAUGGGUCCAUUUCCUCAGAGACAGAAGAGGACAGUGAUGUGGAGCUCUCCGUCUCUGAGCUAAAACAGUUAGCAGCUCCUGAUGGAAACAUGGCUGACAAACCUUCUGGUUCCUCUGAGUUUGCUGAGCAAUUUGUUCAGCGUCCUCAGAAAGACACGAGGCAUUCAAGCUCCCUGGUUCCCUUCAUUGCUGAUCCAAUCAUGAGCUUUGACAGCGCCGUCAGCAGCCUGGUGGAGACGGUCGACGCAAAAAGCAUCACUGCUGUCAACCCUGACACAGGAGAGUCCAGCUUGUUCAGCUCUGCUGGAGAUGUUUCUGAGUCUGGAGCUCUGGACCAAGAGGAGAAACCUCCGGAUCUACCUGAUCUUAAGCAGACGGUUAAAGAAGAAGUUCCCGAAGACCACAAACCUUCUCCUGACCUGCAUGACCCAGAGCCCCACCACAUAAAGGAGGAACAGGAGGAAGUCUGCACCAGUCUGGGGGGAGAGCAGCUCGGUCUCAAGGAGGAGAUUGAUGCCAUCAAGUUUCCAAUCACUGCUGCUCCAAUAAAGAGUGAGGAUGAUAAACAUUCCUCUGUGCUCCCACAGCUUUACCACCACCACAUUAAAGGCAGAGAGCUUCCAGUAGAGAACCAUGGAGGAGAAGAAUCCAUGAGGAUACAAGAUCAUGAAGAUGGGUCCAUUUCCUCAGAGACAGAAGAGGACAGUGAUGUGGAGCUCUCCGUCUCUGAGCUAAAACAGUUAGCAGCUUUUGGAUUAAAAACUAAGAACAUGGAAAUUAGCUGGAAGAAGGGCACAGCUCCCGAGCCAGAAGGAAACAUGGCUGAUAAACAUUUUAGCUCCUCUGAGUUUGCUGUACAACUUCUUCAGAAAGACAUGAAACACUCAGAAAUUGGACCUUCAAGCUCCCUGGAUAAAAUGAAAAGUUUUAAAGAGAACAAUGUAGACUCACAAAGGAGUUCCAAAAAAACGACUGAAUUUAUCUGUGAAGACUGCGGUAAAACAUUCACUGAAAAACACAAGUUAAAUAUGCAUAAGACAAUUCACACAGGAAGCAAAGCUUUCUGCUGUGACCUUUGCAAACAGAGAUUCAGUCGGAAAGUACAUUUAAACACACACCUGAGGAUCCACACAGGACAGAAACCUUUCUGUUGUGACCGAUGCGGGCAGAGAUUUAGCAGGAAAGAAAGCUUAAACAGACACACAAGGAUCCACACCGGACAGAAACCCUUCUGUUGUGACCUCUGUGGGCAGAGAUUCAGUGAAAAAGGAAAUUUGAACCGGCACAUGGGGAUCCACACAGGACAGAAACCUUUCUGUUGUGACCUCUGUGGGCAGAGAUUUAGCCAGAAAGUCAAUUUAAACACACACAUGUGGAUCCAUACAGGAGACAAACCUUUCUGUUGUGACCAAUGUGGACAAAGAUUUAUUCAGGAGAGACUUUUAAACAAACACAUGAGGAUCCACUUAGAGCAGAAACUGUUUGGUUGUGACCUCUGUGGAAGGAGAUUUAGUCUGAAGGGAAAUUUAAAUGCACACAUGAGGAUCCACACAGGACAGAAACCCUUCUGUUGUGACCGAUGUGGACAGAGAUUCAGCGAGAAAGGAAAUCUAAACAGACACAUGAGAAUUCACACGAGGCAGAAACCUUUCUGUUGUUACCUGUGUGGCCAUAAAUUUAGCCAGAAGGGAAGUUUAAAGAGACACACGAGGCUUCAUGAAGCAGGGAAAUGAAUAAGCUGUGACUGUUACAGUCAACUGUGUUCACUUAUUGGUUUCUGCUUUUCCCAAGAGGCUCAAUUUCAAAUUUCUUUCUCAACACAUUUUCUGAAGAUUGUAUGUUUUUUAUAGAUAACUGGAGUUUUUCCUGGAUGUUUUUUAUUCAUCUUAUUUCAUCUGUUGGAUAAAUAGCUAUUUAGCCUCAAUUGAAAUCUGCAUUUUUUGAAAACUGAAUUUUGUAUUUGCUCAGAUUUUCGAAUAAUAUAAAUAUUUUUAAGAGACUUAACAUAUUUAGCUUGAUUAUAUUAUCAGAAAAUAUCAAAAUCUAUAAUCUAGAAAAUUUAAAGACAGAAGUAGAUUUGUUAGAGUGGCGGCCAUUAGGGGAGUGGUGGCCUAGUAGUCAGGGCAUAG